GCAGAUAUUGUCUCCUGGAAGAGUAAUGACUUUAGUAAAGUUAAAUAAUCAUGAUAAUUUCGAAAAAUCGGAAUUAUUAGAAGCGGAUGUUGUUGCUAAAAUAGUAUCAGCAUAUUUUGAUGCAAAUAACGAUAAGUCAAGUCAAACAUCAUUGUUUAUUGUUACACCACAACAUAGUCAACGACUUACUAUCCAAUCUAGAGUUAAAGAAUAUUUAUCUAAUAAUUUAAAAAUAGACACCGUAGAUAAAAUGCAAGGACAAGAAGCAGACCUUGUUAUUGCGUGUUUCGGAUUUCAUGAUAACAAUGAAAUCGCUCGAAAGCCCAAUUUUUUAUUCGAUCCAAAUCGUUGGAAUGUGGCUAUUAGUCGAGCAAG